AUGCGCGCGCCGGUCGAGCACGCGGCCUGCGCCGCGCUCCUGUUGUGCGCUGCCGCCCUGGUACUCUGCCACCAGGACGACAGAGGAUACCACGCUGAGAACGGCUACCACGCUGACGACGGCUACACUCACGAGGACGCUAUCGAUGUAUCGGAGGCGGGCGUAGUGUGCCCAACGGCGCGGCUAUUGCGGUCCCGCGAGACUUGCCAGGUGGAGGGCGCGCCAGCGCAGUGCAUCCGCCUGCACUGCUGCGACACUUACACACACAUCGCGGGACGAUGCAUUCCAAAGAACGUGGAGCCGUGCAGCUUAAAGUUGUGCGAACAGGCGUGCAAUAUUCGCGGCGGACGUGUGUGGUGCACCUGUCAUGACGGCUUCCGUUUCCACGAGAACAACUAUCGCAGGAAGUUACAGCCCUACUGCGUCGACGUGGACGAAUGCUUGGAGAACAACGGCGGGUGCGAGCAGCAAUGCGUGAACGAUCCAGGCAGCUUCCACUGCGAGUGCCCACCACCUCUCAUCCUCGCACCUGACGGCAGGAAAUGCAUGCGAAGACUCGCGCUCGCCAUACCUGAGCCGCUACCGCUAGUUCGGGCGUCAUCACGUUGCUACGCGCCGUGCGACUCGGUGACGCUGUUGUCGCGCCGCGUACGUCAACUCGGUGACCAGCUGCGAGCCACGCAACAGGCGCUCAAAAGUCUGCUAGAGAACCCCAUACUUAAGGGAGAAGAUGGCGACAGGUUUGCGGAGGGCACGUUCACUUACCGGGUCCUGGAUUCUACCGCGCCGCUAGAGGGCGGUUACUGUCGCUGCGAAAGAGGCCCUAGGGGGCCACCCGGUCCGCCGGGUAUGGAGGGACCAAAAGGAGACACGGGUCCUAGAGGCCCGCGGGGGUCAAGGGGGCCCAAAGGCUCCAUGGACCUGAUGCUGCUCCUCAUAGCAGACAUCAGGCACGACAUUCGUAAUCUUGAAGCUCGCGUUUAUAAGGAGGGUGAACAUCCGGAGCGCUUCAACCUGCAGAAGGCGUGGCGCAGACAGAGAAAGCAGGAGAAACAGGAGAGUGAGACGGAGCAAGAGCUGGAGGCGUACACAGCGCCACCUGUACACCAAACUGAUGAACGCGUCGAGAUUUCGCCCAACGGUCUGAACGGCGCGAUCCAGCAGUCAGAGUCAACCACAGAGUGGAUAGCGGCGCGUUCCUCCCUGGCAGAGAUGGACGACAAACUGCGCCAGUUCCACCUCCUCGCGAACACCACCAGCCCGGGAGAUGAUGACGCAGACACCGACUAUGAUUAUAGCUUCUACUAGGAUUACAUAACUUAAAAGGA